AUGCCCGUCGAGUUUUUGGGUCAGGUCUUUUCUGAGGGCGCUUCAUCCGUUCCGUACUUACCGACGAUACUACGGGUCUUACCAUGGGCUGUCUUAAUCUACAUUCUCCGUUGGUUCUUCGGUGGGGAGACGAAUAAGGUUGAACGUGUAAUGCAUGGGAAGGUCGUGAUGGUUACUGGCGGUACAUCCGGCCUCGGUGCAGCAAUAGUACACGACUUAGCCUCCAAAGGCGCCCAAAUCGUCCUCUUGGUUCGUUCAACCCAAGACUACUGGUUAAUAGACUACAUCUCCGACCUUCGAAAAAAAUACUCAAACAACCUAAUCUACGCCGAAGAAUGCGACCUCUCAUCCCUCCACAGCAUACGUCUAUUCUGUACAAAAUGGCUAGACAACGCCCCGCCCCGAAGGCUAGACAGUAUUGUUCUCGCAGCCGGUGUCAUGGCUCCGCCGUUUUCAGCUAGAACGGUGACAAAGGAUGGGGUGGAGGCUCAUUGGGGGGUUAAUUACCUUGCCUACUAUCAUUUUUUGACAUUGAUGAUGCCUGCGUUGAAGGUUCAGCCACCGGAUAGGGAUGUUAGGAUUUUAGUUUCUACUUGUGCGGCUUAUAUACUUGGAGAGUUGGAUCUUAACGAUCCGGAGUUUUUGGAGAGGAGGUACCCCGGCAGAAGGCCUUGGUUGAUCUAUGGAGCGGCAAAGAUUGCGGUAAUGGCUUUGGUGGCGGAGGUUCAAAAGCAGUUCGAUGAGUAUAAGAGACCUGAUGGAAUGCCGACCAACGUGAAGAUUUGGUGCGUGGAUCCGGGGAUUAUGAGGAGUCCUGGGACUAGAAGGUGGUUAUCUUUGGGGAGUGUGGUUGGAUUGUUGGGGUAUUUGGUUACAUGGCCGCUUUGGUGGGUGGUCUUGAAGUCGACGGAUGAAGGUGCGCAGGGUUUUUUUGCGGGAUUGUAUGAUCCCGAAUUUGGGAAGGGGAAAGGAGGGGCAUUGAUUAGGGAGUGUAAGGUUUCGCCAUAUCGAAAGCCUGAGAUUGAGUCUGAGAUCCUCGGGCAGCAGCUGUUCGAGGUAUCAAAAGCACAAGUUGCUAAGAUAGAGAAAGCGGCAGCACUUGAGAGGGCCAAGCAGAAGAAGAAGGAUGAAGAAGCAGAGGCAAAGGCAGCCAAAGAGUCUAAAUCAAAAGAGAAAGAUGUGACACCGAAGCCGAAGAGCCAAAAAUAUUGCGGCAAGAAGGUCGCAUUCAGUGACGAAACUGAUACGAUAACCGCAGAGGCUUCCGCGACAGAUACACCAAAGUCGACAAACAAGAGGCGGACAAAAAAGACAUGA